AUGGCCUCCGAUCUCGACAGCUUCACGCAAUACCCAUUGCAGCUCGACCCAGCCACCAAAGCCAUCUCCCUCGCCACGACGGAAGGCCUAUCUUCAAGCCAAGCAGAAGCCAUCAAUUCGGAACUGCAAUCGCUGAACAACCUCCACCGGUCCCUCGUCAGCCUCGACCCGCCAAAUGUGCCUCCGCCCCCGCUGCCCAUCAACCCCAAGCGUAGCGCACAGGUGACCAAGCUGCGCGACACCGCCAACGCAGCGUUCCGCAAAUCCAACUUCGCCGAGGCCGUCAAGCUGUACACCUACGCGAUCGACAUGGCCCUGGGCCGACCCCCCUGGGAGCCGCUCUCGCUCGUCCGCGACGAGCUCUCGGGCCUGUACGCCAACCGCGCGCAGGCACACAUGUCGCAGCAGAACUGGCCCGAGGGCUGGGUCGACGCCAAGAGCAGCGUCGAGUGCAAGCCCGUCGGCAACGUGAAGGGCUGGUGGCGCGGCGGGAAGUGUCUCAUCGAGAUGGGCCGGUGGGAUGAGGCCCGCGCGUGGGUCGAGCAGGCCCUGGGCAUCGAGGGCAAGACGGGCGAGGGGGGCAAGGAGUUGCUUGCGUUGAUAGAGGAGAUUCAGCAGGGUAGUCAGAAGUUAUCGUAUUACACCGCACAAUUACCUAACAAGAUUCCCCGCACUGAGAAGAACAGGAAGCUGGACGCUGCCUUGGGUCUGAUUGCCGCUUAUCGAAGGUCGACGCGAACCGCCCGCAUCGCCGGCUAA